UGAAAAGUCAAUAAAUUACAUUUUACUUUUUCUUGUCUUAGUAUAUUCUUCCCGUAAGUGUAUCAUACACAAAUCGCUUCCUUAAAAUUAAUUGUCACCAGUAUAUGUGGCCAAGCUAAUAAUUUAUUUAGUACGAAAUAAUUCUUCUAACUCUUCAACUUUCAAAUACCGGCGGAAGGCGCCGCCCCCGCUGCAUUGCAUCGUUCGGAGUCGGAGGGGUCGGCAAUGAGUAAUACCGUUUCUCGUGCUGAGUGACGUCGUGCAGCGAUUGCCGGUGAACGGCUUGCAUCAGUCUGAUACAGCGAAGAGACACGAGAGGACCCGCCCUCUAUAUUGCACCCUCGCGCUUCCCCGCACCCUAUUGAUCUUUAUUGCUAGUCUGUUCUAUAUUUUACGUAGUUGAAUAAAUUUAAUAUGGAUAGCGCCGACGCUCUCCUUGGUGGUCUCGCGAGCGGUGAUAAGGGGCCGUUGUCUGAAAGCACAUCGGUCGCGGAACAUGCGUUAAAGCGCGACCAGGACUCGACGGAUGACUUCGAGCACCUGGACCGCGAGAGCAAGCAGGAGGCCGGUGAGUCACCGCUGCAUCAUCACCGCGCGGCUACUCAGAAUUUUCUCGACAUGGAACGCGAGGAUCUAUUCGUGGACACGCCGCGGGCACCCUCCGCUGCCGAAAAGCUUUCUGAGCACCUCGCAGACAAGUUUACUGACAGUGAAUCGGACGCCGAUACUACUGGCGAGUCGCCAUUUCAUCGUCCGGCGCCACAACCCGCCAGUGCAGUGCCCAAAGCUCCUACGCCUGAACCAGCGCCGGCCGUGGUGAAGGAUCCCACUCCUGUGCUCGCACCAACGCCGGCCCCGGCACCCGUACCGAUCGUAAAACCCUCGGAGCCGCCACUGGAAAUUCCCCCCGAACCAAAACCGGUUCCGGUUCCCGAGCCGAAGCAGGAGGUUCCCAAGCCGGAGCCGACACCGCCACCCAAGCAGGAGCCGGUGCCGCAGCCCAAACCGGCCGCACAGCCUAAAUCGCCUCCAGAACCCAAACCAGAGCCAACCCGAGCGCCCACUGCGCACGUCAUCGAGGCCGAAGUUAUUUUCUGCCAGAUGGGACUUGAUGCCUGGUUCGACCCGCAGAGGCUGCAUCCAGAAGUGGAAUCUCUGAUCUACUGGCGGUCGCCGGCGCGGUCGGGCGCCGCGCUUGGAGCCGGGCUUGCGCUGCUGAUUGCGUUAGCGUGCUGCUCUGUGGUGUCGGUGCUUGCGUACGCAUCGCUGCUCGCACUGUCCGCAGCCGUCGCCUUCCGCAUAUACAAGAACGUGCUACAAGCAGUACAGAAGACCAACGAGGGACAUCCCUUCAAAUGGCUGCUAGAGCAGGAUAUCAGCGUCCCGGCGGAGCGCGCUCAGUCCCUCGCCGCCGCGGCCACCGCACACCUCAAUGCAGCAGCUAGCGAGCUGCGCAGGUUAUUCCUGGUGGAAGACCUGGUUGACUCCCUCAAAUUCGGCGUGCUGUUGUGGUGCCUCACGUACGUAGGCGCCUGCUUCAAUGGCAUCACGCUCAUCAUCCUAGGUUGGAUAGCGCUGUUCACACUGCCCAAGGCGUACGAGAUGAACAAGGCGCAAGUAGAUGCCAACCUUGAGCUCGCCCGCGGCAAAAUCAACGAGAUCUCCGCCAAGGUGCGAGCAGCAGUGCCAUUGGGCAGGAAGUCAGAGAGCGAAAAGGACAAGUAAGCGCCAGGGUGCGGGCGAGCGACGCGACACCGCGGGACGUUGCGGCGCGACACCGCGCGACGCCGCGCGAUGUAGCGACGCGACGCCACACGACGAUGCGACGUGGGGCGCGCCGCCUGGCGGCCGCGGGCUGCUAACACGCUGCAGAAAACACAGUUCUUUAAUUAGCGCCGGAGUACUUCACUCACUGUUUGUUAUAUUUAUUAAUUAUUAUUGUACUAUUAAAUAAAGACUACUUUAUGUGUAAAGCUUUAUGAGACGAGUCAUGCGGAGAUUAUUGUAUUACAUUUGCUUUUUGAAAUUUUAAAUUAAAAUAACUGUCGAACCAA